AAAAUUAAAGGGACAGUUUGGUUUAACCGGUACGAUGCUUCCGUCGGACCCGUCUUCGACUGCGACACACCACCACCUCUCCGCCGGAGAUUGCGAGGAAAAUCACCCGCGAAGGCGUUCGCUGCGCCUCUUAACAAGACCGCAGAAAUGGCUGUGGUUGUUCAUCAUAAAGAUGCAAGAAAGAGCGGUUCCUUUGUUGGAACUCGACCACGCAUCCAGAUUCAAAGCAAUCUCUCUCAGUAUGUUGUAGAUGUGGCCUGUGAGAAGCUCUCCUUGAUCGAUCUCGAGAAUCUUGGACAAGACUGGCUUGUUGCUGUCCCCAAGCAGCUUGUUGCAGUACUCAGUCACGACACUCACAAGCUUGGGGACACCACCAUCAAGAGCUAUUUCUCCAAAGCAACGCAAUGGAACAUCUUUUCCAACAUCUUCAAAGACCUCACCGCAGAGCUUGCUCUCAAAAUGAUUCUCCAACGCUGUGCAGAGACUCCCUCCUCUGAGAUAAGCACGAGCCUCGGUCAUUUGCAGUUCCCGCAGAAGUUCUAUCGAAGUCUUGAAACGCAGACCGCAAGGAUGAUCUUCAGGCAUUCCGUUUUCGGU